AUGGAGGUGCAGGCGCCGGCAGCUGGAUCUCCUGCUCGUAGCACGAGGAAGAGGAAAGCAGAGGAGCCGCCGACCCAUCCCGGCGUCGUCGUCGUCGUCGUCGGAGCGGGUGAAGAAGACGGCGUGGACCGCGUCAGCAACCUCUCCGACGACAACCUCCGCAAGGUUAUCUCCUUCCUCCCAAUGAAAGAUGGCGCCUGCACCACGAUGCUCGCUUCCCGGUGGCGCCAUCUCUGGUGUUCGGCGCCGCUUAACAUCAAUUGCCGCGAUCUCCGUGCCGGCGCGGUAGCUCAAAUUCUUGAUUCCCGCCUUGACCCGGUCCGCAGCAUCACUAUCUUCCCUGAAAGCCUCAUAGACCCUACCCCCACCCUCGAUGACUUGCUCCAGUCCACCGCUCUGGAUAAGUUAGAGGAGCUAGACUUAUGGUAUCAUGUACAACUAGCACCGCCGAAGACGCCGCCUUCGUCGGCCUUCCGAUUCUCGCCGACUCUCAGAGUUCUCACCAUCAGAGCUUGCUGCCUCCCUGACGGCAGCAUCCAGGGGCUUCACUUCCCAGUACUUAAGCAGCUGGAGCUUAAAAUGGUCACAUUGUCUGGUGAUUCACUUCGCUAUAUGGUUGCCAGCUGCUGCCCCGCUCUGAAGUGGUUGCUGCUUGACUCAUGCUCUGGGUUUGCAAGCAUCCUCAUAAACUCCCUUAGCCUUGUAAGCAUCCGGGUCUGCACUUUUCGUUAUGAUGGCAUGUUCAUGUUUGAGGAACUCAUCAUCGAGAGUGCUCCGAGUCUCAGAAGGUUGCUCAUGCAUGGUCGUGGCAUGGGCAAGCGUGUGUCGGUUAUAUCUGCACCUAAGCUAGAGGCCAUGCGCUGCAUUGUGGAUAAGGAACAACAACCGGCCACCAAAAUAUCAUUUAGCUCUAUGGUUAUUCAGGGGUUGCAGGUUGAUAACCUAAUGUUGGCCGUGCGCACUGUCCGCAUUUUAUCCCUCGAGAUGGACCCUCUUAGUUUGGAUAUAGUUCUUAACUGGUUGAGGUGUUUUCCAUGCUUGGAGAAGCUGUACAUUCAGGCAACUGGCUCGGGGGGAACCAAUUUGUGGCGUCGUAAAUACAAGAAUCUUACCAGAUGUCUCGACAUCCCUCUGAAGACAAUAGCGAUGGAAACGUAUCGGGGCAUCAAGUCACAUGUUAGCUUUGUCACAUUCUUUGUAUUGAAUGUGACAGGGCUAGAGUCCAUCACACUUAGCAUCAGAGCCGUUGAUAACACGGAGGAGUUCUUGACAGAACAACGCAUCAAGCUUGAGCUAGAUAACAACGAUGCCCGGCUUCAUUUUACGACUCAUAGUUGUGUCCGCACAACUUGGGAUAUCCUGUCUGCCCGUGAUUUGGAUUUAGCUGAUCCACUUGCGGUUAUAUAG